GCUCGUUUUUCGCACUGAGUAGGCUGUGGAGCUGCCGAUGGUUGCCUAUUUUUCUAGUUUGGAAUCUCUUUCAAACCGAAACAAAUGUUCUAAUUACGCCAAAUUGGCUUCUAAAUUACUAUCUGUGAAAAGGGAUACUCUCCCUGCCCUCUCAAUACUCGCCCACUCUCCCGGUCGAUGGUGAUAGCUCUUCUCCACCCUUUAUCGAGUACAAUCGGUUUUUUUUUAAUUAUAUAUUUUACACUCGGUUUAAAAUUGUAAAAUGCAUAAAAUAGGAUAGAAAUACACGAUUAUGUAUGAAUGUGUGUGUGUGCCUUUUUUCACAAAGCACGCAUACUAAAAACAAUCAAAUCCGGAGCAGUUUUAGUCAUCAACGUAGGGCUGCGAGGUGUUUAAAGCACACUCAAGGCAAACAGACACAUUUUAUCUUAUCUGAGCAGUGUUUCAAGUGAUCCCCUAACGGCAAUCGCGCCAUGAAAUUGCCAGUUUAAUUGCCUUUUUGCACCGAGCGCAAGUGGUUGCACGUUACAAUGAAGCUUCUCUGCUUGUUGGUCGUUGGGUUUGUUUCGUUCACCCUAUCUCGAGCCGAUCUUGUGGAGUGUGAUUUAGACCUGGACGAUCCAGCAAUACUGAGCCAGCUGCCCCCAGAGUGUCAGAACGUAAACGAAGCGACCAAAGCGUUAAUGCUGACGGAAGCGGCAAGCUUCAAACAGUUCCACCAGAAGCUAACCGAGUACGAAGCCGCCCAAGCACCCGAGAAUGGCGACGGACUCCACAUGGACAUGGAGUUCCGGAACGAGCUGUACGCAGCGGCCAAUCUGCACACGUGUCUGAACGGGACCGAAUCACUCGACGCUUACAUACGGUGCGUAACGGACAAGCGCCAAAUAAUGCUCGAUAUGCUGGAGCAGCGCACCGCAACAAGCACCCCCCCAGCAGCUUCAUGAGUUGGUGGUGGUGUAAAGUUGAUCGAUCGCCGUAACGCGCUCGUCGCGUUUGUUCAGCUUGGCCGAAUCGAACUGUAUCAGUAUGAUCAUGAACGAAAGGAG